CAAAAAUACGUAAAUAAAAAAUUCACUUUCAUUGUUAGAUAAAACAAAACUUAGUUUCUCUUAUUGGAAGUUAUAAAUCGACUGAAUGUCCAAAAAUGAUGUAUUAAAGAGCUGUUCUAUUCAAUGAAAACGGUGGUAUCUCAGUUUUUUUGCAGAUCUAUUUGUUUACUAUUUACGUGUUUGUUUACACUGAAAUUACUAUAAAUGCUAGGAUGGAAUCACCUUUCUCCUUGUGUCAACACCACUUAGUACCAGAUCGUUCCUUUAUAUUUCUAUUCCAUCAAAAGCAAGUCGUUUGUUUUAUCCAUGGGAACUGACGUUUGUUUUCCGAAGAGAGUUUUUCAAAAAUUCAAGUCAUUCAAAUUUAAAGACCUCUUCAAGCACAGACCAUCAUGCCCAUUCCGUAAGAAGCCUAUAGAGGUUCAACCGGUAGAGGUCGAUCUUCCUGAAAAAUCUGUUGUGGCUCACUUUAUGAUGGGUUUGACCAGCACUUAUCAACAGUCCGAUUUUGAAUGGGAUAUCAACAAUGCUAUAAUUUAUGGAUUUGAUGGGUUUGCUUUGAAUUUUGGCAAUGAUGAUUGGAUGAUGGACAAGCUUAAGCUCAUGUAUGAUGCUGCCGACGCGGUGAACAAAGAUUUUAAGCUGUAUCUGAUGUUGGAUAUGGCAGCGAUGGGCAGCGUUUCCGCUGAUGUUGCGACGAAUUAUGUCAAAACUUUUGCCAAGAGAAGUCACCAAGCUACGAUUGACGGUAAAAUAGUCGUUGGGACAUUUUCAGGUGAAUCUAUCAAUUUUGGGCAAUCCAGUGUUAACGAUGGCUGGCAAACCCAAUUUAAAGAUGCAUUAGCAUCCGCUGGUAUUAACAUCUUCUUUAUACCAUGUUGGUCGCUCGACGCUAGCACUAUUUAUGAAAAGUAUACUGUUGCCGAUUGUUUUCUCAAAUGGAACUGCUGGCCUUACUACAGUGGAUCACCCAUGUCUGAUUCUGAGGAUCAAGUAUAUAUGCAGCAUGCCAAAGGAAACAAGAAGAAGUAUAUGGGUGCUGUUAGUCCUUGCAUGUUCACCCACUUCAGUGACAAAAACUUUGUAUUUUUCUCUGAGGGUUUAUGGUAUACUAGGUGGUUGCAAAUGAUUAAACUUCAACCUAACUAUCUUCAAGUUGUUACUUGGAAUGACUAUGGUGAAAGCCACUACAUUGGACCUACAAACAAUAAUGCAGCAUUUCCUGUAAGCGGUUCCAAUUCUCACGAAUGGGUUGAUCAAUUCACUCAUGUUCCAUUGGCCGGGACUUUGCCUUAUUUUAUUCAAAUGUACAAACAAGGAACUACCGAUCUUCCAUCCAACUUCAAUGGUCCUUCAACCCUUUUCUUUACUUAUCGUAUUCAUUCCAAGAAUGCUAAAGCUAACGGUGACUCAAUUGGUCAACCCGAGAACUAUCAAAAUUCCAAAGAUGAAAUAGACGUCAUUGCAUUUUCAAAGUCUAGCUUCUCUUUGAAGGUUUCGGUGAAUGGUACUGUUUUGGGUACUGUCAACAUGCAAGCUGGUGUGACAUCGAAUAGUUUCAGCUUUGUAGUAAAUGACAAGACUGUUGCCGGCCUUCCUCUCUUCCAAAUAUAUGAAGGAUCGAGUGAAGUAUCGCAAGCUACUGGUCCACUUUCUAUAUUGGCAGAUGACAAGGUUACUCAGUACAAUUUCAACCUUUGCUGUGGCUCUCUUAAUUGGUAAAUGUGAACGUGUUAUUGGGGCUUUGGAAUUAAAGCAACAAAAAUUUUUGAUGGAUCAAAGCAAUACUUGCUUUUGAUGGCUUUUUACAAUAAAGGAAUGAACAUUGGUUUUCUACUAAGUGAACAGGCCAAUCCUUACCAAUUAUGGUUUUUCUUAAAUUAAAUUAGUUAUUCUAAUUUGUUUUCCAAAAUUACUCUUAAGGAUGGGAGAGAGAGGUUGAUCGCCAUUAUUCGUAACUUCAUAAGCGGUAUGAUUGAGGUUGUAAUUUCCAAUAAUCUUUGUCUAUUUGGUAAUAUUGACUGCAGCUAAAAGUUUUUUUUUUUUUUUUGAUGCAGGGUGGAAUCUGGGUACUAUUUUUUGUCUGUAUUUAUUAGCUGUUUACUGUUUUGGUAAAUUGUUUUGAUGGGGAAUUUUGUACAGUUAUGAAC